AUGUCCUACAAUAUAGCGAUGGUUUCGGACUUCUUCUUUCCCCAGCCUGGAGGCGUUGAAAGUCAUAUCUACCAGGUUUCUAGCAAACUAGUUGAUCGGGGGCACAAGGUCGUCAUCAUCACACAUUCAUAUGGCGACCGUACGGGAGUCCGAUACCUCGCAAAUGGCAUUAAGGUUUACUAUGUCCCAUUCUGGGUCGUCUAUCGAGAGUCCGCGCUACCAACAGUAUUCUCUUUUUUCCCAAUAUUACGCCAGAUUGUCCUUCGGGAACGGAUCGAUAUUGUACAUGGUCACGGUAGCUUGUCCGCCUUUUGUCAAGAGGGUCUAUUACAUGCCAAGACCAUGGGAUUGAAAACUUGUUUUACGGAUCACAGCUUGUUUGGAUUUGCGGAUGCAGCUAGUAUCCUCACAAACAAGCUGCUAAAGUUUACAUUGAGCGAUGUAGACCAUGUUAUUUGCGUUUCCCAUACCUGUAAGGAAAACACUGUUCUUAGAGCGGCAUUGGACCCGUUCACUGUUUCAGCCAUACCGAAUGCCUUGGUCUCUAAAGACUUUAGGCCAGCUGAUUCCCCUCCACCUACUUCUACGAUUACAAUUGUUGUGAUAUCUCGCUUGUUCCCGAACAAAGGCUGCGAUUUGCUCGUUGCCACAAUACCACGCAUUUGUGCCCAGCACGAAAACGUCAGAUUUCUUAUCGGUGGUUCGGGGCCCAAGGCUAUUGAUUUGGAACAGAUGAUUGAAAAGAAUGUCUUACAGGAUCGGGUCGAGAUGCUCGGGCCAAUCCGGCAUGAGGAUGUCCGGAACGUCAUGAUAAGAGGUCAGAUAUAUUUGCACGCUUCGUUAACCGAAGCCUUCGGGACAGUUAUCGUUGAGGCAGCCUCCUGUGGCCUCUAUGUUGUAUGCACUCAGGUCGGCGGUAUUCCGGAGGUACUACCGAGGGAAAUGACCGUUUUCGCAAAACCGGAGGAAGAUGAUAUUGUUGCGGCAACUUCGAGGGCAAUUCAUGCUAUCAAAUCUGGCACAGUUCGGCCAGAAAUGUUCCACGACCAAAUCAGGCAAAUGUACUCAUGGACCGAUGUCGCGGAGCGAACUGAAAAGGUCUACGACGGGAUCAUGAGGCUUCGAAGCUCACGCCUUAUUGAUCGACUUAAGCGUUAUUAUGGAUGUGGAGUUUGGGCAGGAAAACUGUUUGUUCUCUGCGCAGUCAUUGACUACCUCCUCAUGAUGUUCUUAGAGUUUUGGUGGCCGAGACGGAACAUAGACGUUGCGAGGGACUGGCCGAGAAAGCGGGUAGUCCGAAAGGAGAGUCCUUCACAAACCGACGCUGAGGGCAGUCCCGUUGUCGGCCCGGAAGAAAGAAACGGCUGGGUAUCGGAUAUGCAAGACCAAGAAUGA